UAUGAACUUAUCUCAGUGCAAACACAUUAGAAUACGUGGGAAUAGCGACUAUGCAGUAGAUAUAGAGAGUUUUAUAAAAUCACUAGAGGCACAACACAAAAUAGAUAUACGAUCGAUAGAUCAAUGGAAAGAUGUUAUAAAAUCCUUGUUUGAGGUGAAAAAUGAAAUGAAAAGUAAAGUACGAAACGCAUUUGUACGUAAGAAAAGCAUAAUUGAAAAGCUCUAUAUACAAAAAUACCGAAAAUCUCCCUUUUCAUUAACUGCAGAGUUAGCAAGAACUGCUGAAAUUUGGCAUGAAAUGCAACUAACUAAACACAAGAAGAAGGUAGUCGACAUUAAAAAAGUAACUGAAACAAUAAUUACAUUUAAAGGCAAAGACAAUACGAGUGAAGAAUUAAUUGGUGAAAUAAGUGAUGUUGAAUUAACAGUUCAUCCUAAUACAGAGGUUGUUGAUUCUAAGGAAACAAUUCAUCCUGACUUAGGUCAAGAUCUUAUAUCAGAAAGUUCGCAGAGACUACCUAUCAUUAUUUGCACAAAUCCACAUAAACUGAUUUCACCCAUUGGGUCCCAUUGUACUGCUUUAAGUUAUCAUUCAUAUAAUACCUCAAAAGAUGAGCCCGAACGGACAGAAAAUAAGGAACAGACAAACUUUGUCUUAGAACAAACAAAAUCCAUACGUUGUUAUCCUGAAGAAAUUAAAGUGUGCAACGAAAAUGAACGAUCAAUUAAAUUUACUCUACGAAAUUGUACAACCGAUUGUGUCUAUGUUCGGUUUAAGGAAUUAUCUAAUAAAACUUCUUUAAAGAAAUUUAAAUUAACUCCGUCUACACCUGUGAAGUUGUGUGCAGGUCUUUCUAAAGUUUAUUGCUUGAAUUUUAAAUUAAUGCCAGGCACUAAAGUUUACGAAGGGUUUUUACACUUUAGAAUCGGCUUCAUUUCUUAUGAGAAACCAGAAGAACUUUUGAGUGUACGAUUUAUUUGUGACUACAAUGAAAGGCGAUCAAUUGAUGUUACUGAAACUGUUUAUAUACCACCAGUACAUUUGUGGCAUCUUACAGGUAGUAAAUAUCCAUUUGGAAAUAUUCAAAUUAAUGUAAAUGACGAUUAUUCCUACCAUUUGCACAUAGGAAAACAAGACAUAAAUUUGUAUGAACUUUUGUCUGACGAAAGCGUAAAUUCUCUUCAUGUAGCAAGCCCAAACUCUGAAAGUGUAAUACAGAGAAAUGAUGAUGUUGAAUCAGAAAGCGCAUUAAUUUCAUCAACUAAGUUGGAUAAUCAAGAAACACCUGAAGAUAUAAUUGAAACCAUUGAUAUUGUUAAUGGUGUGUUAAAUGAUAUAAUCACUAUUUCUCUUCAACCGUAUUUCCUAAACUCGACUUACUUAUACUUGCAACCACGUAGUGUACAAAACAUCAAAGUAUAUUUUACAAAAGCAGAACACAUUGGAUCUCAUCAAUAUUUCUAUAAUUUAGAUUUUUAUAACCCUAACGACGACAGUGUGGUUAUGCGAAGAACUAUCAAAAUAUUUUCUGAAAUCCUACCCCACCCUAUUCAAAUUCAUCCUAUUAUGUUAGAUAUGACAGAAUGUCCUAUUAAAUAUGGAAUAUAUAGAGAUUAUUUCACUAUAGUAAAUACGCACAUAUUUGUACCAGUAACUAUUAAAAUUAAACUAACAACAAAAAUGAAGAAACUUUUUUGUAUUUCACCAAUGGAAACUUUAGUACCGGCACAAUCGGAAAUUCGAUUUGAGGUGCAUUUAUGUCCAAGAAGUGUAUCAUUCCCAAGAAAUGAAGACGAUUCCGUACAUUUUACUAUAAAAAUAAUUGUAAUAGGAGAUAAAGCUAUAUACGAUAAUGCUCCGCCAAUUUAUUAUGAGCUCAUUGUUCCUUGCGCCUCAGAAUUCAAGAGAAUUUAUGGUAAAAAAUACUUUAAAGAUUCUCCAGGUUCGAGCCUAAAAUUACUGGAAACCACUAGCGAGAUAGCAAAAUAA